UCGAGGCAUUGCGGGUCGCUCCGCGCUGAGGCUCCAUCAGACGGCGGCACCUUCCUCCUGCCCUUCCUCGCAUCGCCCCGUCUCACCGCCCCGCGCUUCAUGGCCCCGCCGCGCACUUCCUCUUCCGGCGGAUUCGGUAAUGGCGGCCGCCCGGCAGCUGCUGGUGCUGUGUGUGGGCGCUGUAUCAGGUCUCCUCGCGUCGGCGGCCAAGAUGAAGAUCGUGGAGGAGCCCAACACUUUCGGGCUGAACAACCCCUUCCUGCCUCAAACUAACCGACUGCAGCCGAAGAUGCCCCCUUCAGCAGUAUCAGGCCCUGCGCAUCUCUUUAGGCUUGCUGGCAAGUGUUUCAGUUUUGUGGAAUCCAUAUAUAAGUACGAGUUUUGUCCUUUCCAUAAUGUCACUCAGCACGAGCAGACUUUUCGAUGGAAUGCCUACAGUGGGAUUUUAGGAAUCUGGCAUGAAUGGGAAAUUGACAACAACACAUUUGUUGGAAUGUGGAUGAGGGAAGGAGACUCAUGUGAAACCAAGAGCAGACAGACGAAGGUUCAUCUUGUUUGUGGAAAGAGCAAUAAAUUGGCUUAUGUGUCUGAGCCAAGUACUUGUGUCUACUCCCUCACAUUCGAGACUCCUCUUGUGUGCCAUCCCCACUCUCUGUUGGUUUAUCCAACUCUGACUGAAGCACUACAAAGGAAAUGGGAUGAAGCAGAGCAGUCUCUCUAUGACCAACUAAUAACUGAGCAGGGAUACAAAAAAAUACUGAAAGAGAUUUUUGAGGAAGCGGGAUUUCUGAAAGCAACGGAAGAAAAGGAAGCUGAGAAACAGAAUAUGAAAACAAGUCUGCAAUUUGAAACAGUGGACAAGUGCAAUACGGAAUACAAGAAACUUUCUGAAGAAAUAAAAAUCCUUAAAGAUUUAUUAAGUCAGCACAAUAUUCCAUACAAAGGAAGUUCUGCUGAAAACACCAGUGUUGAACACGUAAAUCACAAAUGGGCAACUGCAGAGACAACUGUGCUCAAUGGGUCAAUGAAUGCUGAACAUCUGCGUGGCGAUACAGGGAUGUAGAGUAACGCUGUGUGAAGGAACGUGAGUGGUAAACAGCAAUCUGACACGGAAUGUCAAGCAAGAUGAAUGUGUAUCGUGACACUGUGAUGAUUUACCUCUUGCGGAUAUUCUUGACUUCCUCAAUUUCUGCCCUAAAGCAAAGGGAAUGGAGGACUGUCAGAGCCAUUUACUGACAGCAGCUGGCGGGUUUUGGAAAACACUGCUGUGAGCGUUUGAGGCUGCUGUGGAGCCAAGGUUUACGGGUUCUAUCUCUGCUCUCAGCUUUGUUAUCGUCGUUAAUCAAGCAUGGUGACAGGCAGUGUGAAUACAGACAGCCCCAAGCGCUGCGCUGAACAUUCAGAACGUUUUAUUUCAACUGAGGGGUUUCUUAGCAGACUUUAGCAAAAUGAAUGAAUAAACGAUGCACAGGGAGAGCUGGAUGCACUCUGCUGA